AUGGCCUGCGUGGUGCAAGCGGCAGUAUUGAUGUCAGAGGAGGAUUUAGCCGGGGCUUUACUGACGAUGAGCAAGCGGAUAGUGACGGUGUCGUCCUCGCUGAGAGCAAGAGAGUCGGCAAAAUACGGUCGAUCCGGAGCUUCCGGCCCCGCAUCUCUUCUGCCGUUCCAAUCAGCCGCUAUUCUCUGCGGCAUGGUCACUCCCACGCUCAACGGCGACAGCACUCUGCUUGAGAUGAUCGCAGAGUACAACGAAACGGGCUCUUACGAGGAGACGGGUUCGUUGGUACACGCGAGACGUUUUGUCACCGCGUGCCGUCUUCUGAUCGCCAAUCUUCCGGUCGCCAGUUCGAAGGGCGGCAAUACCGGCGAGUCGAUGGAAAUGAACGUCGACAAGAUCUCCGAGCAGCUCGAUAAGGCCCGCAAGUGGAUCGCUGCGAAGAGCCGCCGUACUCGUGGUUCGACAUCCGAGAACUUUGAUAACGUACGCGCUGACUACGAGGCCACGAAGUCUUCGCGAUUCGUCCGUCAGCGUCGAGGGCUUGCUCCACAAGGUUCAGGGGCCGACUACCACUACCGCAAUGAGUUCGACUAUCUGCGACUGAUGGAGUUGGCCCGCGAUAUGGAUCGCAAUGAUGCGAUCGUCGGCCAGGCAAUUGAUCGAGCUGUCAGCAACACGAUUCAGGACGGCUUCACAGUCGACCCCGACACGGGCGAUGCGGGUGCUGACCAGGCGAUCAAAGAUCGUUGGAAGAAUUGGGCUGAAGAUCCGGACCAAGUUGAUGUCGCCGGCGAGAACAACUUCUGGGAUCUCGAAAACAAUGCCCUUCGAAGUUCGUUUGUCGAUGGCGAUUCGUUUGCAAUUCCACUCCGCAACGGAACUCUUGAGGUUCUCGAAGGUCACCGCUGCAGAACUCCUGUCGGCCGCAAGGGUGGCUUUAAGACGGCUGAAGGUGUCGUACAUGGCGUCAAAAUGGAUCGCUAUCGACGCCGUCACGAGUAUUGGUUCACUAAGGAGGACAUCGACCCCAAUCGCCAGGUGCAGCGCCUAAAGGAUAUUCGCCGCAUCGCUGCUCGCGACUCUGAGGGAUACAAGCAAGUCUUCCAAAUGAUGUUCGGAAAGCGGUACUCCCAGACACGUGGAGUUACUGCCCUUGCUCCAAUCUUCAUGCCGGCCGGUUGGUUCGAGGACAUCAAUUUCGCCAAGAUGGUGCAGGCUCAAGUCGUGAGCUGCAUUGGGUUCAUCCGUAAGCGAGAACUCAACUUCGAUGAUAUGGGGGAAGAUGGUCCCGCUCCCAUCGGAGAACGGAAGACGCAAACACUUUCGGACGGCUCGUCGCGAACUGUAGACGGCCUAGCACCCGGCAUCGAGAUCGAAGGCGAACCAGGAGAAGAAAUUGAAGCCUUCUCCCCGUCGGUGCCCAAUCCCGAAUUCUUUGAUCACGUGCAUCUGAUUCUGACGCUGCUCGGAAUCAAUCUGGGUCUACCGCUCGCGAUGCUGACCUUGGACAGCGGCGAGACGAACUUCAGCGGUUGGCGCGGAGCGGUGGACCAAGCACGUAUGGGGUUCCGUCGCAAUCAGAAGCGGCUCGCGAAUCGUUUCCACAAGCCAAUCUAUUGCUGGAAACUCCGACAAUGGGCAGAUGAAGACUCCUCGCUUGCCAAGCUGAUGGACAAAGAAGGGAGUCUGUUCCGGCACAAAUGGAACGCACCUAGCUGGAACUACAUCGAGCCGUUCAAGGACGCGAUGGCCGACGUGGUUCAACAGAAGAACACGCUGAACAGUCCUCGCCGAAUUCAAAUGGCUCGCGGGCGAGACUACAGCGAGAUCAUUCGCGAAACGAUCGAAGACAACUCGAUGGCCAUUCGCUCUGCGAUCGCUGAGGCGAACGCAAUCAAUAAGGAACUGAAGCCGAACCCGCCGAUCCACUGGCGAGAGCUGCUUUCACCUCCGAUGCCUGACGGUAUGACCCUGCGGAACAGCAAUAUGCCUGAGAUGUUCGACGAUCGAUUUGCAUUGCAGCACGGGCUAGGUGCUCUCGGUGUGCCUCAUAUCGACCAAUACUUCGGCGUGUGGGCAGUGCACGAGGAAAGCUUCCGAUCCCUGGUCGACCGCGUGAACCAGAUCAAUAUCCAUGCUCACGUUCGGCAGAACCGGGAGCUGGCUCACGAGGAGUUUGACGAAGCCAAGGCGAUCGAUCGGCCUGGCUUUGAUCGGAUGAAUGGCGGAAUUGCCGUCGUGACAAUUCAGGGGACGAUGACGAAGUACGGAUCUUCGUUCUCCGAUGGCGGGACUGUGCGAGCACGACGAGGCAUUCGUAAUGCGGUUUCUGACGAUGCCAUUAGCGGCAUCAUGCUUCGCAUCGACUCACCUGGCGGGACUGUUGCCGGCACGAAAGACCUGGCCGACGACAUCGCAACCGCGGCAAAGCAAAAGCCCGUUCACGCCUAUAUCGAAGACAUGGGGGCUUCGGCAGCGUUCUGGGUUUCGUCGCAGGCGAGCAGAGUCACCAGCAACGCAACGGCCCUGGUCGGUUCGAUCGGUACGUUUGCGGUGCUUGAAGAUCUUUCUGGCGCGGCCGAGAAGUUGGGAAUCAAGGUCCACGUCGUGCGAGCUGGCGAGUUCAAAGGAACGGGAGUCGAGGGAACCGCGAUUACCGAUUCUCAGCUUGCGAUGAUUCAAGAGCGUGUGAACGGCUUGAACGAACACUUCCUCGCCGGUGUCGCCACUGGUCGACGGAUCGACAUGGCUCGCGUUCGCGGGCUGGCCGAUGGCCGUGUGCAUAUCGGCGAAGAGGCAGCCAAGUUGGGCCUCACGGACGGCGUAAUGAGUUUUGAUAACGCGGUGUCAGAACUGAUCGCCGCAAGUAACCCUGGAAGGAGACGACGAAUGUCGACCGACGCGAAAGAAAACAGCGGCGACGUUGUGCAGCCAGCCGCUACGAAUGAACCGAAGGCUGCCACCCUGGCCGAGUUGAAGGCCGCCUGCGAAGGUGCCGACUCCGACUUCAUCUUGGAACAGAUGGAGAAGAAUGCCACGGCUGCCGAAGCGACGAAAGCCUACAACUCGAAGCUCCGCGCCGAUCUUGCUUCCCAAAAGGAAGAGAACGCCAAGCUGCAAGAAAAGGCUUCCAGCGGCGGUGGCCGCGGUGUUGAUCCGGUCGGCGACAAUUCGAUCAGUUCGAAAGGCGGCGAUGAACCCGAGUCUUCGGAUGAUUUCGAAGCGACGGUUGCCGAGUGCCGCCGAAAGGGCAUGACGCAACGCCAGGCGUUCGCCGAAGCCUGUCGGCAGCAUCCCGAGUAUCGCGGGACCAUGGUAGCUCAGCACAACCAGCGAUUCGGCCGGCCAGCCGACGAGGCAAUUCCAAAGAAUGCCCGCGUCAAGCUGGACCCCGACGGCAAAAUCACGGUUGCGGGGCUGACGGACCGAGAGAUCGGAACCGCUCAACGCGAAGCAUUCGCCGCGGGUGACAAGAUCACUGUCCGUAUGCGGACCUACCCGGGCACUCACUGGAUGAUUGCCGUCGAGCAGAUUGAGGUCGGAGAUCUGCUUUACACGGAGGCAGCAGGCAAAGUGCAAGACACGGCAGCUUCGACGGCAUUCGUUGUCGGUACUGCACUGAGUGCGGCUGCCGGCGAUGGCGACUUGGUCGAAGUCCUCUACAACGCGCACGGCGACACUGCGGCAACGUAA